AUGCCCACGCUCGCUUUGCUAUUCGCAACUCCAUGCCGAAUAGACGAGCGCGAGCACUUUGGCCAGCACAAGAGUGCAAGGCACUGGGUGUUCUCCUUCCCCCUUCUUCCCUCUAUCGCCUCUACUGCUGUUGUCGACUUCCUUGGUGCUGAGAAGGUCGGUACUGCGUCUGCUUCGAGCGGGCGCCGCAGCGGCAUGGGCAAAGGGGGCAAGGGCGGUGGCGGUGACGGCUGGGGAGGUGGUGGUGGGGGUGGUGGCGGCGGUGGGGAUGGUGGCGCGACUGGAGAGGCUAGUGGGAGCGAUGGGGGUGGUGGCAGCAGCGGCGAGGGAGGUGGCAGGGGUGGAGGCGGUGGUGGGGGUGGCGGUGGACAUGGCGGCGGCUGGGGUUGGGGUGGUCGACGAGGAGGUGGCGGCGGCGGUGGUGGUUGUGGAGGCGCUGGCGGUGGCCAGGGCUAG